AUUUCUAUUUCUAUUUAAACAGAGUUUUAUUGACUUCAGAGAGGAAGGGAGAGAGAGAAACAUCAAUGAUGAGAAUCAUAGAUUGGCUGCCUCCUGCACACCCCCUACUGGAGAUUGAGCCUGCAACCUGGGCAGGUGCUCUGACCGGGAAUCCAACCGGUUCAUACGUGGAGGCUCAAUCACUGAGCCACACAGCUGGGCUGAUUUCUAUUUCUAUUUUAAAACUACAUAACAGUUAGUGGCUACAGUAUUAGACAAUGCAGUCACAGAAUCUUCAAGGCUCUAAAGCCCCAAGGGUCUGCGCAAUCACACUCAGCGCCCCCACCCCGGGAAGCCGCAAUCCCUGGGAAUUGGAGGAACCGCUCUGAGUGACCCCAGCCUGCAGAGGGAUGCUCACCCUGAUCCAACCACUGAAAUCGGAGGUCCUCCCGUCCCUCGUCCUGCCAGGGCCGCCAGGGGCCGCUGCGCCCGCCGCCCGCCGGACCCGGCGCUGUGCGCGGCGAUCCGCGCUGCCCCGGAGGAAGCGGCGGCGCCCGCGCGGGGCUGGCGGACCGGGGCGGCCCCCGGCGCGGAGGACGCGGCGCGGCGACUGCACGCUCCCGGGCCUGCGGGCCGGAGCCUCGGAGGGACCCUGGCUGAGCUCCCCCGAGCUGGCCGGGCGGGCCGAGCUCCCCCAGUGCGCAGAGAGGGGCCGACAUGGCGGUGCUGCCAGUUGGGUCGGAGCCCGGCCGCCUUGGGGACGCAGCCACUUGGUGAGGGUCACAGGGCCCCGGACCAGACAGCACCCGAGCCGGCCGCUGGCACCGCCGUGGGACAGGAUGCGUGAGAGAGCCGCGCGGAACUGGAGCACGGCCGGCUGGCUGCUUGCACUCUGCCUGGUCUGGCUGUGGACCCUCCUGGCCUCGGCUUCCGUGCAGCCUCCAACUCCCACAGUCCCCGUGAAGCAGGGCACCUGCGAGGUGACGGCCUCUCACCGCUGCUGCAACCGAAACCGCAUCGAGGAGCGCUCCCAGACGGUCAAGUGCUCCUGCUCCUCCGGCCAGGUGGCUGGCACCACGCGGGCAAAGCCCUCCUGCGUGGACGCCUCCAUCGUCCUGCAGAGGUGGUGGUGCCAGAUGGAGCCCUGCCUGCCGGGGGAGGAGUGCAAGGUGCUGCCGGACCUGUCGGGGUGGAGCUGCAGCCGGGGACACAAGGUCAAAACCACCAAGGUGACACGGUAAUUCUUGGGGUCAUGGCCUCGGCAGAACAGCUUGACUGAGCCGUGGACGGAAGCAUGGUAUCCAGUUAUCAGCCGGCAAGUCUGGAGGUUCGCUUACCUGGACACACGCCCCAGGUCAAAGGCAGCAUUCCCUUUCCCAGGGGCGUUUCAGUUGAGCUGCUCAGCGGAUACGGACAGACCUCCAGCCACAGACCUAGUGUUGCGCUGGGCUCUCCUGGGGGACACAGCAGAAGGUCACGAUACAAUACCUGCCCUCAAGGAGCGUCCAGUCAAGUCGGAGAAUUGACGAAAGACGCUUUAGAUCAUAAGCACGUGGUACCAGACUGUGGCUUCUGGGCCAUAGGCUGUGGGCAUGUUGGGGGUGUAGGGCUGAGACUCCCACAGCUCUGCAGCCACUCCCCGGUCACAGGGCACAAAGACAAGAGGUCACAUUGACCACCCACCGCUUCUCUCCCUCACAUGGGUCCAAAUCCCCAGUGAACUGCUAACGUGUUGAAGGAAGACAUGUGUCCCUCUGCAGACUGGCUACACAGCCUUUGCCUGGGACUGGCUUGACUUGCGGAAGGGACGCAGAGUUGAAGCCAAACUUUCCAGCGGAGCUUCUGCAGACGUGGGGCCCGGUUUGGCCUGUUUGUUGUUGGGCUAGGGAUGGACCGGACCUUCAAAUCACCGCCAUCCAAACACCUUGAGUUUUUGCUUGUUUGAGCAGGUGAGGAAACAGUCCCAGAGAGGUGAAGUGACUUGCCCAAGGUCUCACAGCUUGGGCCUCCAACUCUGACUACUGACCUUUUCACUUGGCCUGGAUGUGGGAUUGCCACCGGCCUUCCAUGUUGCUUUUAUUUUUUUUCAGAGAGUAAGGGGGAGAGAGAGAGAAACAUCAAUGAUGGGAGAGAAUCAUUGAUCGGCUGCCUCCUGCACAUCUACUGGGGAUUGAGCCCACAGCCAGGCAUGUGUCCUUUACGGGAAUCGAACCCGGGACCAUUCAGCCCUCAGGUCGACGCUCUAUCCACUGAACCAAGCCGGCUUGGGCCCAUGUUGCUUUUAUCUCUGGAAGAGGAACCUUAAAACACCUGGCUGGACAGCAGCAACAUUUCUCUCGGGAGAUUCUACAGCAGGAAUUUUUUUUUACCAAGGUCACUGCUCUCCUCCCUGAAAUGAUCCAGAUUGCCGACACACCUGGAUGUGGGGCCACUGGAUCUCCACUCUGCCCUCAGGCCCCAUGACAGCCCAGAGUCACCGAGCCCAGUUACAGCUGCGACACUGAGCUGGCAGCCCUGCUGCCCACUCUGACCCAUCUCUUCCAGAAUCCUUAGUCUGUACCUCUCGGGCGCUAAGAGAGGGUCUGGGUGGGGUCCAGGCUGGUCAGCCCUUCAAAGGUCCUGCUGGGCUGUGUAGAACCUCUGCCCAGGGUUCCCUGGUAGACACACAGGCUUCAGGGACUGAGAGCCAGGCAACUUGGGUAGCUCAUCAGUAAGAGAAUUCCAGCCUCAGUGACUGCUGGGCUCAGCUGGGAUGGCUGGGAUGCAGAGUGUGGGGGGCCUGGAGAGGAGGGGUGUCAGUACCAGCGGAGAGGGGUGGACAGUGCUGAAUUCUGACCCUCAGGCGAUGGGUUGGGCUUGAGUCUCAGUCCCUGCCUGCCUCUCUCCCUCCCUCCCUCCUUCCCACCCUGUGCAGUAGGACUAAGACUGUUCAUCCCACUCCAGGGUUUAUGUUCUUGUUUUUACUUUGUUUUGUUUGGGGUAAUGGGCUGAACAAUGAUACCAGCUUCUCACUAGACUGUAAAUAUCAGAAUUCUGACGACUGAAGCGACUGAAGCUCUGCACACAGUCGUCCCGGGGUGAGGUGGUCAAGGGGUAGGUCAAAGGUCAUCACCUUCAAGGCUGGGGAGUGGAUCAGGGUUAGCAAACUUUCUGGAAAGGCCCAGGUGAUAACUAUUUUAGGCUUCACAGGCCACAAAAAGUCUCUUUGGUAUAUUUUCCUUUGCUGUUUCUCUAGUUUAUUUGUUUUGUUUUUUAAAAAAGAACUUUUUAAAAUGUAAAAACUAUUCUUAGCUUGAGUGCUGUGCAGAACCAGGCCCCAAGCUGCUUUCGGAAGGUUGCCAGCCCCAGUGGACCUGUGAAGGCGGCCAGCUCUCAUCUCCGCAGCCUAGGUCUUCUGCCCAGCCUCCUGGCCUGCCUCCCGUGCAGCCGCAACCUGAGCAGGAGGUCUGGGUCGGGUUUUGUUUUCCUUCUAAUGCUCCCUGAGAGGUCGGGGAGUGAAUUAUUUAGGCUACAAAUGAGACAGCUUUAGCAGAGUCAGACAGGAAGAGCCUGCCCUCCCGGAGGCCAGGAUGUGGGCUUCUCCACGCCCCACCCCUGAGACUGUACCUGGGCGGGAGGGAGCGGGCUCCGGCCCUGUGCCCAUCUGCUGUGCCCACAAGCUGCUGGGCUUUGAGCUAACGGGAAGCCCCAUCCCAGUCCUUCUGCAUCUCCCCCCCCCCGCCCCCCUCCCGCCCCAGGCCUCCUGGAAAUGACACAGGCUUCAUUAAUGUGGGGUAGGGACUGGUUGGGCGGGGGGGGGGGGGGGGGGGUGAACUUCACUGGUGACAUUUACCAAAGUCAUGAACUCAGUGAACAUUAUAAUUUGCUGAUUAAAAUUUUAAUGCUUGUCUUAAGGUCAGAAAACA